CUGCCCCAAAUCACUCGCCGAGGUAUCCAAAAUUUCAAUUUCACUGCAACUGCUGCAUCUAGAUUUUAGGGUUUCUCUUUCCCCUCAAAUCUCACCAAUUUUCCCUCAUUCUUCCGAAAUUUUCUUGCUCCCCAAACACCGUUUUAUUCUUCACUAUCCGAUUUCCCCCGUCCCCCUUCUCCCAAAAAACCCCCACCUUUUCUUUAGCAACUCCCAACAAUUUGCAAACUUGGCCGAGUUCAACCAUCGGAGCCAAUGCAGCUUCUUCGCUCCGAGGAAACCGCGUCGGAAAUUCGAGACUUUCCCGAGAAAUCCGAAGAAAAGAAGACCCCGAGCGAAUCUUUGAACCCUGAAAUCGAUAAAAUCGAUGAAGGCGUGGCUCUGGACGUGUCGGGAAAGAGCUUGGAGUUUCCGGCGCCGGAGGAUGCAGAAGCCUCCGUGGAGAGUUUGUAUCUAUACAAGAAUGUUUACAGUUUGAUUCCCAAGUCGAUGGGUAUCCUUGCGCGGUUGAAAACAUUGAAGUUCUUCGGAAACGAGAUAAACUUGUUUUCCCCAGAGUUUGGGAACUUGACGGAGUUGGAGUGCUUGCAGAUGAAGAUAUCUUCGCCCGGGAUUGGUGGGUUGAACUUGCACGAGCUGGAGGGUUUGAAGGAGCUUGAGCUUUCCAAAGUUCCUCCCAGACCUUCUGCUUUUCCUAUUUUGACUGAGAUUGCUGCUCUCAGGCGUUUGACCAAGCUUUCUAUUUGUCACUUCUCUUUAACAUACCUUCCUCCGGAAAUUGGAUGCUUAAAGAAUCUGGAGUAUCUUGAUCUUUCAUUCAAUAAAAUAAAGACAUUGCCCUCAGAGAUUAGUUGUUUGAAUGGCUUAAUAUCCAUGAAAGUUGCAAAUAAUAAGUUGGUGGAACUACCGUCAGCUAUGACCUCUCUGUCAAGGUUGGAGAGUUUGGACCUGUCAAAUAAUAGGUUGACUUCAUUAGGAUCCCUUAAACUUGGGUCGAUGCAUAGACUUCAGAGCUUAAAUCUUCAGUACAAUAAGCUGCUCGGCUUUUUUCAAAUUCCUGCAUGGAUAUGCUGUAAUAUGGAAGGAAAUGAUGGAGGUAGAUGCCAAGAUGAUUGUAGCAGUUCUUCUGUUGAAAUGGAUGUCUAUGAAAGCAGUUUACAGGAAAAUGAUGAAAUCCUUUCUCAUGGUCCUCAAUGCACCUCAUCAGGCAUAUUGACGAGCUCCUCAUCUAGCAGUAGAUGUUUUUCAGCCUGGAAGUCAGGUAAACGGUGGAAGCGACGGCAUUAUUUACAGCAGAAAGCUCGCCAAGAACGCUUGAACAACAGCAGGAAGUGGAAAGGUGUAGAUCAUGACCAGUUGAGCAAGAAGAUUCCCAGAAUUCCUGAACCAGGAAAAUUGGGUAGCCUUGCUUCUAAAGGUUGCACAGAAUCUGUAUCAGAAAAUAAUAAAAGAAUAUUCUCCAAAGAAGCAGUAAACGACAAUUUGAUUGAUAAUGUCAACGAUGAUGAAGUAAUUAUGGAAAAACAGUUUCUUCAAAAUGAUUGCUGCACUGCUGAAAGUAAAGAUGAAAAAGAUGCAUCCUUAUGCUCCUUACAGAAUGGGCAAAGUGAACAAGAUGAAGGGUCUUGUUCGGAAAAUUUGAAGUGUAUUUCUAAACCAAAGAGGCAUUCAAAUCGGGUUCUUGAUAAUCCCAAACCAUGCAAGUCUAGAAAACCAAUUGGUGAUAACUCAUUAUUGUCUUGCAAGUACAGUAAGAUCUCAUUUUGUGGCAUUGAGGACCAUCUAUCAGAUGGCUUUUAUGAUGCAGGACGUGAUCGGCCAUUUAUGCCUCUUGAGAGUUAUGAGCGAAAUCAGUGUCUCGCUUCUCGUGAAGUCAUCCUGUUAGACAGAAAAAGCGAUGAAGAGUUGGAUGCUGUUACGCUCUCUGCUCAGGCAUUGGUUUAUAAUUUGAAGCAGUUAAAUGGUUUAAACAGACGGGGAAACCAGGCUGCAGUUGAUAACUUGCAGAUAGCAUCACUGCUUGCACUCUUUGUAUCGGAUCAUUUUGGUGGCAGUGAUAGAGGUGCUAUUGUAGAAAGGACACGGAAAUUUGUAUCUGGUUCGAACUAUAAUAAGCCUUUUGUCUGUACAUGCUCAGCUGGAAACAGCACCAGUAUAAGUGCUUCCACUGAACCAGUUGUAAACACCAUAGAAGAUAUCACUCUUCCUAAGAUCUCUGAAAAAUCUCUUGGUUCUAUAAAGAAAAGGAGAAGUUCAAUUAUUGUUCCUAUUGGCUCUGUGCAAUAUGGUGUAUGUAGACAUAGAGCUCUGCUUUUUAAGUAUUUAUGUGAUCACAUGGAACCGCCAGUACCUUGUGAGCUUGUCAGGGGCUACCUGGAUUUUUCACCACAUGCCUGGAAUGUCAAUCUGAUUAAAAAGGGUGCUACAUGGGUUCGAAUGCUGGUUGAUGCUUGCCGACCUCACGAUAUAAGAGAGGAGAAAGAUCUUGAAUACUUUUGCAGGUACAUACCUCUUACUCGAACCAAAUCCCAUCUUUCAUCUAGAGGAAGUCUUGGUCCUGAUUAUUCCUUUCCAUCUCUCUCUGCUUGUGAGGAACUUGUGAAAAAAGCUUCGACUACUUUAGUUCGGUGCAAAUUUGGAUCAGUUGAGGCUGCAGCAAAGGUGCGUACUUUGAAAGUGCUGGGGAGUUCAGCAGACGAAGUUAAAUUUUUUGAAUAUAAUUGUUUGGGAGAAGUUAGAAUUCUUGGUGCUUUUAAACACCCCUGCAUAGUGGAAAUGUAUGGACACCAAAUAUCUAGCGAAUGGACUCUCUCAGCUGAUGGUAAAUCUGAGCAUCAUGUGUUAAGAUCUGCAAUUUUAAUGGAGUAUGUGGAAGGAGGCUCCUUAAAAAAAUAUCUAGAGAAUCUGUCAGAAGCUGGUGAAAAGCAUGUUCCUGUUGAGUUGGCUUUGUGUAUUGCCAGAGAUGUCUCGUGUGCUUUGUCGGAGCUGCACUCGAAGCACAUAAUUCAUCGUGACAUAAAGAGUGAAAACAUUCUGUUUGAUUUGGAUAGGAAGAGAGACGAUGGAACUCCCACUGUGAAGCUCUGUGAUUUUGAUAGUGCAGUACCACUUAGAUCACCUUUACAUGCAUGCUGUAUUGCUCAUGUGGGAACACCUCCUCCUUGUGUAUGUGUUGGAACACCUCGGUGGAUGGCUCCAGAGGUUAUGCAGACUAUGUAUGAAAAAACCGCAUAUGGAGUGGAAGCUGAUAUUUGGUCGUUUGGGUGCUUGCUUCUGGAGAUGUUGACUCUGCAAAUUCCAUAUUUUGGAGUACCUGAUUCACACGUCCAUGAUAGUCUUCAGAUGAGUAAACGACCACAAUUAACUGAUGAACUGGAAGUAUUGAGUUCAAUGAAUGAACCCACAAUGAUUCAAUCUGGUGAAGAGCUGGGAAAAUCAGAUGCUGAGGUAGACAUGUUGAAAUUCCUUGUUGAUUUGUUUCAUAGGUGUGUGGAAGAAAAUCCAAACGAACGUCCUUCAGCUGAAGAAAUCCAUGAAAUGCUGCUUGCACACACAGGCCGCCUACAAGUUCAAGAUGUUAGGAAGAUUUAGGUUGGUUAUUGUUAUUGGGGUGGCCCUGUCCUGGCGAAAUGUGUUAUCAGAAUAAAAUACAUUCAUUCUUUUUCUUCAGUGUUAAAGGCUUAUCUAAGAAUAAUUUUUCUUACUAGAUUUAGUGUCUUCAGUGAGUUAUAUCUUCUGUACAUUUUCAAGGGAUUAGAUCCAUGCGGCUCUAAUGUAAUCUGAUUGAGGUCUCUUUAGGGAUGGUAAAUGUUGAGACUUGCAGGUGGAUCUGAUUAAUUUAUUGAUGCCGUCGAAUUGUAUGCUGGUUUAUACUUUAUAGUAUAGAACAAUCUUUUUGCUCAAU